UGACCCGCUGAGCACACAGUCAGGCAAAACACGUCAACGUGGGGAGGUCAGACAGAGCGAAUCCUCCCAUUUCUGCAAGUCGCAGUGUUAGACUUUAAUUAAUAGGCUACUUUACAGAUACGAACACUUUGAUGAAGUAGUGUCCUGUUUCGGAAGGUGGAGACGCUAAGCUUGUGCUCCGACAUCCACCUUUAUCACAGAAAACCUGUUAGCUUCGUUAGCUAACGCGAGCUAGCUCAGUUAGCUGUUACCUACUCUCGUUUUCUUGUACGCAGCUGACCUCGAACAUAAGACAGGCGGACAGUGUAGCAGUUUUGUCAUUUCGGGGUCGCUUACCCCGUGGCUUGACAUCCGUGGCUCCCUUCGUCGCUGUGUGGCUCUCCGCGGACGGUUCUCGAAUAUGAUACACAAUGAGUCAAAGAGAUACUUUAGUUCAUCUGUUUGCUGGGGGAUGUGGGGGCACUGUAGGAGCCAUAUUGACGUGUCCACUGGAAGUGGUGAAGACUCGUCUGCAGUCUUCCUCCAUCACUCUCUAUGUGUCUGAGGUCCAACUAAGUACCGUCAAUGGGCCCAGCGUGACCCGUGUGUCUCCACCAGGCCCCCUGCACUGUCUAAAACUGAUUUUGGAGAAAGAGGGACCUCGAUCUCUCUUCAGAGGCUUGGGGCCAAACUUAGUGGGCGUGGCACCUUCCAGAGCAAUCUACUUUGCUGCUUACUCCACCGCCAAAGAGAAGCUGAACGCUGUGUUGGAACCGGACUCUACGCAAGUGCACAUGCUGUCGGCUGGAAUGGCAGGUUUUACAGCCAUCACUGCAACAAAUCCAAUAUGGCUCAUAAAAACGCGCUUACAGUUGGAUGCAAGGAAUCGAGGGGAGCGGAGGAUGAGUGCGUUGGAGUGCGUUCGUCGGGUGUACAAAGCAGACGGCUUUCGUGGAUUCUACAGGGGAAUGUCUGCAUCCUACGCCGGCAUCUCAGAGACUGUGAUCCACUUUGUUAUCUAUGAAAACAUUAAGCGGCGCCUCUUGGAGGCCAAAACGCCGCAGAACAUGGACGAAGAAGAAGAGGCAUCAAAAGAUGCUUCGGACUUUGUCGGGAUGAUGCUUGCUGCUGCCACAUCCAAGACUUGUGCCACAACUAUUGCUUAUCCUCAUGAGGUAAUCCGCACCAGGCUACGAGAAGAGGGCACCAAGUAUCGUUCCUUCUUCCAGACUCUAACCACAGUACCCAGAGAGGAGGGCUACCGCGCCCUGUAUCGCGGCCUCGCCACCCACCUGGUACGCCAGAUUCCUAACACCGCCAUCAUGAUGUGCACCUAUGAGCUGACUGUCUACCUCCUGAACGGUUAAAACCUCCCUACCCCUAAGAGAGUUUGUGUAACCCUAGCCCUGAUCAGACAUGGAGAGGAGAAAACAGCAGCACCUGCACAUUAGUUAGCACUGCUAACAAUCUGCUUGAUGGAAAUGGUUAGAGAAAGCACCUCGGUCUUUGUCUCAAAAGCAAGGCCUUGGAGUUUUGUUUUACAACCAAAGGAAAGGCACAAGGAUACUCACAUUCACUCUGGAAGUUAUUGUUUUGAUUUCUGUUCUGCCCCUUGUUCAGGUUCAGAGUUCUGAAGUAGGAACCCGACAAGUUGUUGGCAACUCCUGUAUAAAUGUGAAAAAAUAGCCUUAAAAUGCAUGUUUUAUUGCAGCAACAUAAUCUCACUGAAAAUGUGAACAUUUUUAACCUGUCAUGUGACUCCUUUUAUUGAUCUUCAUAAUUAUUUUGAAUAAAAUCACUGGUGGCCCAAUUAUUGCCAUUGCUGUUGGUAGCAAUUUAUCCAAAUGUCUGUUUUGCCAGUAGGUGAGCAUUUGGAGGUUAAAUGUUGGAGCAUACAAACAAAAAGAUGUUGGACCAUUUCUGUUUUCACAAUUACUGAAAAUUGUCUAAGACCCUGUCCUCCUUUCAACUCACCCCAGCCUUUUCUAUUGGGUUACAUUUGAGGACAGGGAUGACAUGGGAAAAUAUUUUUGUGUAAAUUUGGUCAUAUGUUUUUGAUCAUUAUUUUUCUCAGUGUUGUCAGCUUCUGAUACAAUAGACUCAAUAUUCCCAGUUCCUUUGGAGGAGAAGUGAAUCCUCAUCACCUCAUCAGAUUCUCUUGUGUGCUUAACAUUGGGCAUAAAGUGCUCUCCUUCCUAUUCAUCUCUUCUUUUACGAUACACAAAUCUAACUCAGUCCAAACCAGAGAGUUCAAGUUCAGCAAACUCCCCAUGUUUACAUUUGUGAUGGUAUAACACAAAUAGCUUUUUCCUUACAUCGGCCCAAACAAAUGGAGAUCGGAUCUAAUGGCUGUUUUUGUGAUUUGUUGACUUCCAACAUCCAAUAUUCAGAGAUAUUUUUAACAUCCGGCUCACUGUGUGGUGUAGAAAAGCCAAUUGUGACUCCUCGACCAGCCUAUCUGCCAGAAGAGGUGUACCAUGUCAGUAAAACAUGUGAUUGCAUUAUUGUUACUUACGUUAGUAGUGAAGUACCACAGGGUUCAGUGCUCGGACCAAUUAUUUUUACUAUGGCAUGGGAUCAUUUUCUUCUGUAAUGAUGAUGAUAUUCGGCUAUAUUUAUCCCAGGACAGUCUCCUUGUAAAGGAGAUUUUGUUUUAUCCUGGGUAAAUUAAGGUUAAAUAAAAAUAAAAUAAAUCCCUCAGCUUUUAGUCACUAAAAUAUACACUAGAUGUUGGCAUCUGGGGCAGUAAAAGGCUUUUCAACUCACCAAAUGUUUCACUGGCAUCCAGAGUGAGAAUCCACUGUGCCUGAACCAUAAUAUCCUACCAAAUAUAAAAUAGAAGAAUUCUUUCCAAUUUUGAUAUUGGAAAUAGUAAAAUUGUGUUGUGCAGCUCAGUUGUUGUGCCAUCCGUGAUUUUGUUCAGUUAUUCCCUUGUGUGAUUUUUUUAUUUUAUUUUAUUUUUUGUCAACUGAAUAAAUUACAAGUUUAUUUUUCAUAGCAAGAUUAUGUUGCUGCAGUAAAAUGAUUUUACUCGCAUAUUUCUCACACCUCUUUACCAGGCAAGCCAUCCAAUUGACCUGCAGCCUUUAAAUCGGUUCAAACUGCAUAAAAUGGAGUACAAAAAAAUUGUUCAAAACCUGUUGUAGUUCUCGCGAUGAUUAAAGUAGCACAUAGUACUCCCUGUAUCCUUCAGAAUCAAAGUGAGGUGGAACGACGAGAAAGAAAGAUUGCCUGAGGGGCAAAGGAGGGAAAAGAUGAUGUGCCUCGUGUAAAAUCGACCCGCAGACGGAGAUGCACAGCAAACAAGUCGCACAAGUUUUCAUUUGAAAGGUUUUCUGCGUUUCCAGUAUUGGAGUUUCUAUCAGAACAGACACGUUUACAGAGUUCAUACAGUUUAAAAUCAGCCGGUGCUUGGCAGUGAAGUCUGUAGGCGCGGCUGACUUCUGAACCAGUGGGUGUUUGUGUUUUAAGUGAAAAGUCAUCUGGCUACCGCAGAACUGAAUCCAGUUCUCAAACUAACUGAAUGUACAUAAAGAAGAGCCAAGAAAGGAUAUUAUACUCACCCAUGUUGUGAAUUAAAAAGUUAAUAUAAUUAACAAAUUCUAACAAAAUUUGUGAUUUUUUUAUAUAUAUAUAUACCCGCUUAGAAAAAUAUAUAUUACCUCUAAAAUGUGAUUGUGUUGCAGUUUUGAGCCCGUUGUGGGAAAUUUUUAGUGCAUUUUAUCUAGGGGAGAGCAGACUUAUCCCAUCACUAGUUGCAGUUAUCUACAUAGAAGGUAUUGUUCAAAUCGCACUUUUCCAGAACUUUCUCCAGAAGUCAUAAUUUUUAUUUUUUUUCCCCUCAACUUUGUGGUGGAGACAGGCUUGUUUUACAGGUGAGGACAAUCCUCUUGUGUUUACACCUGGACACCCAUAGUGUUUAGCCAGCUAAGUGGAAGAAGUGGACAAUAAAAUGCUCGUCAUAAACGCACAUUCAUUAAACUUUCUCAUCUCUGUGUAUGUUUUACUAUUUAUAUGUGAAGCAUUUCGCUUUUAUUUUUUGUUGUUUUCUGUGCAUAAAUGUUGUUUGCAGAGAUCAAAUUUAUCUUCGUAGGAAAAACCAGAUUUCUGAUCUGACUUCAUUUGUAAUAAUUAACCCCAAAGCGAACACCUGAGUGCAGCCUUCAACUUGGUCACCCAUUGUUUUUCUGAGACUGUGAGGAAUCAUUUUAAUACUAUUUCCUAAAAAAAAACAAAAAAACUUUAUGUUGUACAAGGUAACUAAUAACAAAAAAAAAAUGUUGAAAGGAAAUCCCUGCUAUGACCUAGUUGCAGUAGUGUGCACACCAUUACUAAUGCCUCCUUUAGAUCAGUUUCUGCAUUUAGUUUUCUUUGGAGUUUGUCGGAAACUCACUCUUGUCUUCAGGUGACCGGUUCUCUGGACACUGCCUAAGGUGUCCAGAGGUUUGGUAUGUUUCCAAACUUUGUCCUCAGCUUUCUAUCAGUCACCUAAAGAUUUUACAUCUGAACUUGCUUUUUGAAAUGUUCACAACUUUUCUCACCUUAACACAAACUGUUGUUGCAUCUGAAGAUGAGGUGCUCCUUACCAUGAUGCUCCCACCACCAUGUUAGGGUGUAAAUACGAUGUUCUCUCGCUGACAUACCGCAUUUCUUCAAGAAGUAGGCUCAACUGGAUAAUAACACAUUGGCUCACAAGGUUUUAGGAGACUCUAGGUAGGUCUGGGUGGUUUUUUUUAGGACAAAAUAGUUCUGUCUUGCAGGGAAAUACCACAUGUAGAACACAACCAGUUGGUACUUCCUGCAGCUCUUUUACUAUCACUUCAACCUCUCUCCAGCUUUCCUGGCCCAUUUCUUUUCCUCAAUUUUCUUAAAACAUAAUUUUUUUUUCAACCUCCCUGUUGUGCUUUAUUUUUCUUAGUAAUCGGGACUGUCCCCCCCCUUUUUGUUUCACAUCUAAUACCGUAGAACUAAUUGUAUGUGCUUCUCCUGACUGAUACAUUUAUUCACUGAGAUUAUUUGUAAUGUCUAUGCAAGAGAAGCAAAUGUCAGUAAAAAUCUGCUGAUAGAGCUGAACUUUAUUUCAGGUCCUUCAGAUAGAAUGGGUUUCAGAUGUGAACUGAAGAAGACUAAAUGCUGGAACUGGAACUGAAAUGUUGCCAACAGAUGUGCAAAAGGGUCACUGCUAAUUUGUACUCUCAUUUCUCCCCCUGAUUGUUUCCAGGUGAAUAGAGUAAAGUCAAGAUAUGUGGAAAACAUUUUUAAAAUGAUUUCUCAGUCUCAAUUUUUUUACAUAGAAAUACCUGGCUUUUUACACAGUAGUUUUGAGAAUUUCUCUAUGUUCCAGUCUCUGGUUUCCAGCUUCAGAACUGAGUUCUGAGAGUUUCUCUAUGUUCCAGACUCUGGUUUCCAGCUUCAGAACUGACCCUUGAUAUGACCCCACCCUGUUUUGUUCACUUUUAUGAUGAAAACAGCAGGGGGAAACCCUCUGUGUUCCUACGGUGAAGGACCAUCAGUUAAUGAUUCCAGUUCCCAGGCCCCAGUUGCUGCUGGUCGUCAACAUGUAUCUAUGGGACCCCCGGCCCUAACCAGAAAUGAUCCUUCCAUGCAAAUAUGAAGUAAAAUCUCAAGAUCUUGACACUUAGUAAUUCAAUUUUUUUCUUUUCCUGACAUUUCAAGCUGUUCUGUCAGGUAUCUGUUGCCAACUUGUCAUGUAGAUACCAGUGAAGAGUUGUAGUUGGAUGAACAGACCCCUUAAGUGUUCAUAAGUAGACAUUUCCUCCCUUGUGUCAUUGUCUGUCUGAAGGAUUUAUUCAGCCCUCCUACUUGCCUUUGUGUGUCAGUGAGUUUGCCUCUGUGUAUUUCUACAUGAGUUACAUAACAGUUCUCAUUGGCUUGUAUUUUGUAUGGAAGAGACCAUAUAGAAGUGUGUGUUGAAAACCUGAAGACAGUGUUUUGUUGUUUCUGUUUUGUUUUUUUUUUAAUAAUUUGCUCUCACCCUUUAGUGUUUUUUCCAUGUCAAAGAUGAGCCUGCUGAGGCUCAGUCUAUGCAUUCUGGUUUUACCUGUUUUUGUAAGAGAAAAUGACAAUAAAAUGAAAGAAGUGUA